GAGAGACCUUGACAUUGAGCUGCAAGUGAUGGCCAAUCGAGAGGCAAGCAGCAGCAGUGCACGAUGCUGGGAAGUCAAUAUGACUGCAGUGUGUCUGUGGUAUCUCCCUGUACACAGAGCUAAUCUCUCGCUUAUAUUCUACACUCUGAUUAAAUCAAUUUUCAAGCUCCUUACCACGCGAAACAGGCAGUUCCUCCAGGCAUUUAUUUCCAAUACGUUUCCGGUGGAGUUGGUGCUUCAAUCAGUAAAAAUAUUGUGUGGAAAUAUUAAGCUACAAGUGAUACAUAGUGAGAUGGAAACGGAGCAGACGGUCAUACCUGCUCAGACGACAGGGUACCUGUGGGUGACAAAUAUGGAGACGAAAUUGGAGGAUGAACACGAAAUGAAGGUCAACUUUCAUCUUAAUAUUCAGUGCUUCUACUAUAGUAUCGAAACAGACCAGUAACUAGAAGCAAACAACUAUGAACACAGCU